UUUUUAUCCAAUCAGAGCCCGAGCAUGAUGUUCCCCUAUUGACGUGUCGUAUUCGGUUAUUAUUGAGGAAAACACAGGGCUGUUUUUCAUGCUACUCCCCUGUCUAACCACCAGUUAUCACCAACAGAUAGAACAAUGUCAGAGCCCAGCAAGCAGGACAUUUCCACUAUUUUUAAGCGACUUCGCGCCAUCCCUACGAAUAAGAUUUGCUUUGACUGCUCAGCUAAAAACCCCAGUUGGGCCAGCAUCACCUACGGUGUAUUCCUGUGUAUAGAUUGCUCUGGGACACACAGGUCUCUUGGGGUGCAUCUGUCCUUCAUCAGGUCCACUGAGCUGGAUUUCAAUUGGUCUUGGUUUCAGCUAAGAUGUAUGCAAGUGGGAGGCAAUGCCAGUGCGAUGUCCUUUUUCAGUCAACAUGGGUGCACAACCAGUGCUGCCAAUACCAAGUACAACAGCCGGGCUGCUCAGCUGUACAGGGAGAAGAUAAAGGCUUCAGCCACACAAGCCACCAGAUCCCAUGGCACUGAGUUGUGGCUUGACAGUCAGGCUCCUCUCUCCCCAACAUCACCAGACGACAAGCAAGUGGAUUUCUUCAGCCUUCAUAUACAGGCUCUCCCUGAAAAUGUGAACACGGCCAACACGGUUCAAAUGUGUCUCAGCUCCUCCACAUCAGAGAAGCCUUUGACCAGAGGAAAAGAGGCAGAUGGUGAUCUAGAUGAGGGCCCUAGUGUGGAGAUGCUGAGUGUUUCUACAGAAUCAAAUCUAGAGCCUUCAUCUCUCCUUAAGAAGAAGCCAACUGCCACCAAGAAAACAUUGGCCUCUAAGAAAGGGGGUCUGGGCGCUCAGAAGGUUAGCAGCAAGAGUUUCUCAGACCUGGAGAAGAAGGCUCAAGCUGCCGACAAGCUCAGAGAGAAAGAAGAGAGCACUGGUGCUUCCAAGAAUAGCAACCAACCUGAGGAAUCUAUCUCUCCAUCCCUGCGACUGGCCUGUAAAGAUUUUGAGCAGCAGAGGAAAAUGGAGGAGAAGAAGUUGAAGGGAUUAGAGGGGAAUAAGAAAGAGCAAGCUGAGAGACUGGGCAUGGGUCUGGGCAUGAGGAGUGGAGUGUCUCACUCUGUGACAUCGGACAUGCACAUGAUCCAGCAGGAGAGUCCACUGGGGACAAAGACCACAAAAGCACGACGGUUCACAGAGGAUAUUGAUGAUGAAGGGUCCUUUGGCUCUAGGAUCUUGUCCCGGUUUGAUGAUCAAACGGAAACGUCAGAUAGUUUCUCCUCGCUGUGGGAUGAUAGAGGUGAAGGAGGCUGGCUCAAGGAGAGCAAGAAACCAGAGCCGGACUUCUUCUUGACCUCCACUUUAUCAUCACUGAAUGACAGGCCCACAGCCAGAAGAAAACCAGAAGCAGUGCCAGUGUCGGACACAGGAGAAGCUCAGAAAAAGUUUGGAGGUGACGUGAAAGCCAUCUCUUCUGACAUGUACUUUGGAAAACAAGAUAACUCUGAGUAUGAGGCCAAAACACGACUGGAAAGAUAUUCUGGGAGUGCCUCUAUAAGUUCAGCAGACCUCUUCGAUGAUCCAAAGAAACAGACUGUGAGUUCCUACCGCCUGACCAACGUGCUGCCCAGUGCUCCUGACAUGUCACAGCUCAAACUGGGCGUGCGCUCAGUGGCAGGAAAACUAUCCGUCAUGGCCAGCGGCGUAGUUAGCUCAAUUCAGGAUCACUACAGCUCCUGAGUCAUGGUUUGUGGCUUCUGUUAGAUUCGGUGCCCUCAUGUUGCCCUCUGUUUAACAAAGCUAAGUUUCCCAAUGAGUGGUGGUCACUUAUCCUUGGAGGAAAAGAGUAUAAUUGAUUUAGUCAUUGCUUAUUUUGCUUGGGGGUCUUGGCAUUUAAAUAUUUAAAAACAAUUAUAUGUAGCAGAGGGUUUGGGGUGUUUUGAAGAAUAGAUUUGAUUUCUUUAGUUGACGAGGUAAAAAAAUAAAUAAACAACACCCUGAGGAGGGGAGAAUACUCAGUUGUAUGUUUUUAAUUGGUUAACAGACUUUCGCAUAUCACAUGCACUCUGUAUUGGGCUUUUUUGCACAUUCUCACAGGCUUAAAAGUGUCCUUUUUGUCCCCAAAGUGCACUUAUUCUUGCUCUUUCAAAGACAGGACCAAAACCUGAUAACGAGGCCUUGGGGGACCAGAUAUAUAUAAAUAUAUAUGUUUUUUAAUCACACAUACUAUCAGUUAUGUAAAUUGAAUUAGCCUCGUUAACACAUUAGCUACAUUAUGUUGUGUUUAGUUAUGGUUUUCUUUGUUUUUGCAGGCCAUGCAUCUGUCAGUAUAAAAGGACAAGAUGGCAUGAAAUCUAAGCAGCUAUUAAAAAUGAAGUUUAAAGAAUAUGCUCAUUCCUUCUUGCCAGGAGUACGGUGAGAAGAUUGAUACCACUCUCAUAUGUGUCAGUUUAAUACAAAGCAGUAGCCGGAGCCGGAUAACAUAGCUUAGCAUACACACUGGAAACAGAAGCAAACCGCUCGCCUGGCUCUGUCUGUAGGCAACAGUCUGCUUAGCAACCAGCACAAUGAAGCGUUUGGAACCUUUGGACAGAGCCGGUUAGCUGCUUCCAGUCUUUAUGCUAAGCUAGCCAGUUAGUCAUUUAGCGAUCUACCUAAUAGCGUUAGAAUAACCCUGCUUGAUAUAGGUCAGUUGCACUGUUUGUUUUUUUCUCAAUUAUGUUGCUUGGAAUCAGACACUCUAAGAUAUUGAGAUUGAUAACAUUGUUAGCAGUAGAUUCAUAUUUUGAGGGGAGCCUUUUGAUGAUGUUUUGGUAUUAAUUUGUAGCUGCUUUUUGUUAGUGUUUUUGUACGUCCGCUAUGACAUUGCCCUUUGGUAUUACAUUCAAAAUAACCACACUAGAAGGCUAGAAUUAUCUGAUGCGGACCUCUUUGUAGCUUUCAGUACCCAUUGUACAGCAACACAUGUCCACUUAAAAUAUGAAUGAAACAACCCCUUUUUAAAGGCCUCAUUUUGUUUUUCUGUAACAUACUGCAAAUGUCAUAAUAAAUAAAUUGCACUACAUGUGGUGCUAUAAUAUAAUUUAUUUUAAUUUUGGGGGAUUUGGCAUUUAAAAGCAAUAGAAAAACAGGUUGAUAUCUGGCUCCGGGGUGGAAUAACUGCUGCUUGUGCUUUAGCAUUAAGGUAAAGUUUGCUGUGAUGCUUCAAAUUCUAUUUCAGAUAUCUAAUUAUGCAGAGUUAACAGACGGGAGUUUUUUAAGCCCUGAUUUUGGAACUGGAUGCUUAUAUUACAGAGCAAUUACUGUACUGCUUCUCAGGCGUUUGAGUUGUUGAGAGUGGCUGAGUUGAGUUGUAAAGAUAAGAAACACUAAAAGUGAAAGUUGUAGACCCUGAAAUGACCAAAUAUUUGUUUACUCCAUCACUUUAUGCCUUACUCUAAAGAUCUCUGAUUAAAGCGCCCUCAUAUUGCAAUAUUGUGCAGUCAUCUGGUUAUUUUUUGCACAUUAUUUUGUUAGAAAUUGCAUGUGGCAGCUUUUGCUUCAUGUACUGUGUUGCAAUUCAACAUUUUCCUCUAAGCUGGCAUUGCUUCCCUGUUGGACUUUAAUUUAGUUGAUCUUUGUAAGAUUGUUUGUGUCUUCGUCUGUCAAAUAUUGUUAAGUUACCUAAAAGAAUAGUAGCUUGUGUAAUUUGCAUGGCCCUUGUAGUUAAUAGGACACGCUGACACAUCCUCGAUACCAGAUAGCACACUGCUGUUGGGAGCCAGUAAAUAAUAAUGGAACAACAGAAUUGAUUGAUAAAAGCUAUACUAUAGUACUGCUACAUACAAUGUUGUAUAGGGCUUUGAAUUACCCUUUAUAAAGCCCAACUGAUAAUCAAGUUUUGACAUAUUUUGACACUCAAAAUGGAAGUAAGUUUUUUGGAAACAUGCCAAAUAAAUGGCUCGUGCCGAAGCUCU